AUGAUCUUACCAUUAUUUAUUUCUUUAAUCUGUUUACUUUUCGUACCUCUUGAUACUCGCAGCAUCAUCAAUAAUACUUCUUCAAUUACUGUAGCAUUGAAUUGGGCCGAUGUGACAGCCACACGACUUGUAGCUUGUUACUAUCAUAAUCUGACUGGACAUUGGAAAAGAGAAGAACCAUGGCAAGGUGGCAAUACUCUUGAAUCGUUAGCUAAUUUUUUGGCUCUCCAAAAUUCACCCGUCAAAUAUGUAUUCGAACAUACAUUUGCCAGAACUGAUAUAUUCGCAGGUGGAACAUGCUUUGAUGAUAUGCAAUGGUAUCUACUUGCCUGGAUCGAAAUCUAUGAAAUUGAUCCAAAGAUAAAAUAUUUACAUCGUGCUGAGUUAAUCUUUGAAACUGUAUCAAAGCUCGCAUGGGAUUCGAUUGUGUGUACGGGGGGACUACGAUGGUGCCCGACUAGACCGUAUAAAAAUGCCAUCACCAAUGAACUUUUCUUGACCAGUAGUAUGCGCCUACAUCCUUAUGCAUCACUACUUCGCAAGCCACUCUCCUACUAUCUCGACUGGGCUCUCAAAGAAUGGCACUGGUUCGAACAGACCACUAUGAUCAAUAAUAACUAUCUCAUCAACGACGGACUAAACGACGACACUUGUCUCAACAAUAAUCAAACUACAUGGACAUACAAUCAGGGUGUCAUCUUAUCUGGACUAGCUAUGCUAGCCAAUGCGACAAACAACGCAACGCUGCUCACCAUUGCACAGAACAUUGCCGAUGCAACUNGAAUUUGUUCUCGAGAUUUCGAUCCACCGGUACGCCAUAUGUCCUUGUCAAACUUGGUUUGA